GGUUCACCCCGUGACUUUCCUAUUCAGCCAGUAAUCCCACUGUUAAACACCUUUAAGGGGAUCCCCUAACCUGCUAAAAACUGAAGCACAAAAAUGUCAAAAUGUCUGUUCUGUAUAUACAGACAAUGUUGUUUUGUGUAACCCAAUGUCUUCCCCUACUCUUUCUCCUACUAACCUUCCUGUUUUCUUUCCUCCCUUCUGAAUCCCUGCUCCCUCCACAACAGACCAUACCUCCCCCUGCACGGUAUGGAGGCAGACACACAGUGACUCUUAUUCCUGGAGAUGGAAUUGGACCAGAGCUGGCCCACCAUGUGCGUGAAUUAUUUCGGUUCUGCUGCGUGCCAGUGGACUUUGAGGUUGUCAAUGUGGACUCGUCUAUGGCCUCAGAAGACGACAUUAAUAAUGCUAUAAUGGCUAUCAGACGCAAUGGAGUUGCACUGAAAGGUAACAUUGAGACCAACCAUAACCUGCCACCCUCCUACAAAUCCCGGAACAAUCUGCUCCGCACCACUCUGGAUCUGUAUGCCAAUGUGAUGCACUGCCAGUCUCUGCCAGGAGUGAGGACACGGCACAAAAACAUCGACAUCAUGAUCAUCAGGGAAAACACAGAGGGAGAGUACAGCAGCCUGGAGCACGAGAAUGUACCGGGGGUUGUUGAAUGUCUGAAGAUCAUCACCAGGACCAAAUCCUUGCGUAUCGCUGACUACGCGUUUAGAACGGCUCGGGAGAAAGGACGCAGACGAGUCACUGCUGUACACAAAGCUAACAUCAUGAAGUUGGCUGACGGCCUCUUUCUGGAGUGCUGUAAGGAGGUUGCCAGCGGUUACCCUGAAAUCAACUUCGACAGCAUGAUUGUAGACAACACCACCAUGCAGCUGGUUUCCAGGCCUCAGCAGUUCGACGUAAUGGUCAUGCCCAACCUGUAUGGCAACGUUGUGAGCAAUGUGUGUGCGGGGCUGGUCGGAGGACCGGGCCUGGUGCCUGGAGCUAACUAUGGACAGGACUACGCCGUGUUUGAGACGGGAACAAGGAACACAGGAAAGAGCAUUGCUAACCGCAACAUAGCCAACCCCACGGCCAUUCUGCUGGCCUCCUGCCUGCUGUUGGAUCACCUGAAGCUCCACGCCUACGCUAGCAUGAUCCGCAGAGCCAUCCUGACCAUCGUCACCGAGACUCGGCUGCACACUGCUGACCUGGGGGGCCAAGGCUCUACCUCUGAAGUGGUCCAGUCCAUCAUGAAUGCUAUUCAGAGCACCGGGCCCCGCACGCUGAGCAUCUAGAACACACAGACAUAAAUAUGGGAAACCCCUCAAAUAGCAGAGAUGAGUACAUCUAAUACUAGACCUCUCUUUACUAACUCUCCUAUGCAAUUUUACAAUAACAAUAGUGAGUUGUUUAAAAGUAAUACUGAAAUGAUCUAUGCAAUGGUUUUUAUUUACUCACAGGAUUUAGUAGUUUUAAAAGUUCAAUUUAAAACAGAUUAAUAUAUAUUAAUAUAAAUUGUUUCCUGACCUCCUGUUUUUUUUUUAAAGUUGUUUGAGCUCUUUGUUUUAAGCUACAGUACAAUCACACAGCAGCAGUCCGAGUUACACCCAUUCCUCUCCAUGUGUAUUAGUUUAUUCAUUAUUAAGUGAACAGUUAUUCAUGUAUUUGAAAUUUAAAUUAUUUUAGACCAAACACAGCUGUCCUCCUGCUGAAUGUAUUGUAUGUAUGUCAGGAUUUCUGGCUGUUGGUCUGAACCUGACACCUCUAAUAAAGCCUGUUUCCCUCUA